AAGAUAUUGACCAUGCUAAAUAUACAGACGUUUUAACCAAUGCACAUUACAUUGCGGUCUCAAAAGUCAUAUUCGAGAAUGUCAUGUUGCAGACCUCAGUGAAAGAAUUCACGCCUACCAAUAGCAAUUGAAAGCACUAAAUUUUCAAUGACAGACGAUCUACGACUUCAGCAACCAGAGCUCAUUUUAACUGUCCUCACACGGUGACAUUAGCAUAAUGACCUCAACCUUAUACCAACGUUUUGCUGAUCUAGAGCAACAUUUCUUUGCAAACUUGUCCGUGACGCAAAUGAAAAAUCUCACCUGUAAUGGAUCUCUCCAAAUCAGGGAUUCCUACUUGUAUGGAGAAUUUGCUUUUUUAAUCUCGGGACUAAAGCCAUGCUUGCUUGUGUGCUUUCCGGACACCUCGAUGAAUACGAUAUUCCAGAAUACUGUCUUGGACAACGUCCUGCAAAACCAGAGCCGGUUUCAGGUGUACAUGAUGGAUAGAAAUGUCGUGUCUGACGAAAUGGAUUUGAAUGGCUGUCUCUUUGUCGUGGACCAGGAGAAUACUCUGGCCCCAGUAGUUAUGGCAUUAUUAGAAGACAAGGAAUGCUGUUCUGUAUCAGAACAGACAUUAGCUCAGAUAUUAGACUAUCCUGGUUCGCUGCCUAGCAAUGCUGGAGAGCUGGAGACUAUGGUAGAGGUUGCGUACUGCGAUGUUGCAAAAUCGUCCGAUAGCCCCACCAUCGUUACGACUUUUGCCGCGCAGCAUGGGGAAGUCGAGAAAGUAAAGCAACAUUUUGAAAAAUGCAAGCAAAGCGUUAGCAACUUUGGUAUAGAUUUAAAACUCUCAAUACGCAACCCGGAGAUAUGAAGCAAUAGUAAUAGCCUUUAUUGACCGACGUUCGGCCGCAGCAGUUGCAUAGAUCAAAUCAUUAAUUUGAUCAUAGCAUUUCAAGUUCAAUACAUGUCACAUAAACACCAUAUGCUCACGGUAAUGCAUAGAUCAAAAGCCGAAUUACUCAUUCAAAAAUAUAGAUCUCCCUCAAUUACCUUUAUGUAUAACCAUUACCACUAUCAUGAUGGAUGAAUUAUUUGUCAGUUCAUGAACGAUAUAAUAUUAUAUGGUCAGCCUAUCCUCUGACCCUUAGGCAAACGUAGUGUUUUAUAACUUUUCCUCAAAUUCUUUUUAAGAAUGGAUUUAUACAUCAGUUGUUGGUAAUACUGGCAGAACAAAACUCUUUAUGGCG